AUGAGCUUCGCCCUCAUAUUCUUUCCGCACUCUCGCACCAGUGACGUGGUGCCGGCCUCAUCUGUGCCUCGCGGUACAAAUGUUGGAGAAACAGCGAGGAUUCGCUGGGAAGGGAGGUAUUAUAAGGGAAAGGUGCUAUUUACUGGCCCAAAAGAGGUCUGCGAAUUGAAAUCAUCUGCUGUUACCACGGAUGGAGACCUGGCCGAUGAUUUAUUCGAUAUAUCACCUCUCCCACAGGACGGGAACCAAGGCGACGACGACGCCCACACGUCGUCGGCUGAUGCGGGUCCCUCUCCAACAGAGCGAGAAAUUGUGAUGCGGCUGAUAAGAACUGAAGAGGAUACUGCUCUCAUGAAAAACAUGAUUAUCCAAAUGAAUGCUAUACUCGCUUCGCACACCCAAAGAUUGGAACGUAUUGAGCAAGUAGGCAAAGAACUCCUUAGACGGAAUCCGACCAAACAAACACAAGGGAACAUCGUGUACGCAUAUGUGAGCGCGAGGGCUGUGGCUGAAUUACGAGAAUUGAAAGGGCAAAACCGAAACCACUUCGCGCUCACUUUAGAAAAAAUGGUCUAUAGAGAUGACCCAAAGGAAAUGGAAUUAUUGGUUGAUGACCGCAAUGAGGCAGAAAGAGUUCUUUUUAUCCAACAGUGUGUUAACAAGUACUAUGAAGUUCCUGAACAUCUACGAGAUGACGUGUGGAGGAAAAUCAAGGAAACCCUCAAUAGCCGCGUUAGAAGACUUAGGAAAGCUACCAGAGAUCGGCAAAGCACUUCUGAGGGCUCACGGCUUCAAGAAGAGGACACUUUGUAUCGCUUAGACCUAUAUGAUUGCAUAUAUUGA